AUUUUAUUUCGUGGCAAACGUUUCCUUUGUUUCAAUAUCAGCACACAGUAGAAUUUUCUUUUUUAUAAUAAUUUUUUUUUUCUAAUAGCAAUUUGUCUUUUGCAUUCUUGGGGUGAGAGAGAAGAGCACAGCUAGCUUGGGUAGGUGUUUGUUUUGUCUUUUGGGACUUCCUUGGCCUGUGAUGCCGUUGUUGACCACGCCCCUCUGAAUAAUGCCACCAUAGAUUUGAAAAAAAAAGUCACAAGGCAGGUCUGGGUUUGGUAGUUUCCUUGAAACAAGGCUUGCUUGCCGGUUUUGACCACUGUAAUUUCGUGCAGGGUUUCUGUCAUUCCUCCUGGGGUUGAUUGCUGCAUUCUGGGGUUUCAGUCAAGUAAAUCACCGAACGCAGGCUGUGCUUUUACAUUGUUCUAGUUGUAGUUCUCUGGACUGGGAAUAAUUUAUUUUCUCUUCCUUUGUACGAGUGAGUCUCUUUGUAUCAGUAUUUUUUUUUUUUUGAAUUGUAUUUUCUGGUUUUCUGCUUUGGUUUUUGGUUUUUUGGGGGCAUUUGAUCAUUGGGUUUCGCUGGAAUUGCGCCUAUCACGUCUAAAUUACGGGGUUACUACAAAAUCUUUAGUGCAAAUUUGUUGGAACCCUGAUUGAUUUGUGGGUGAUUCUUGGAGUCUUUUGAGUUUCUGUAAUUAGCUCUUUUGAUAUCUGUUCUUUUGGCUAUUUGUUAUUCUCAAGAAGUUGAAGGGAAUGAAGGGGAAGGGUGGAACACCGGGUAGUUACUUCCUGUUAAACACUGGAGCCAAAAUCCCGGCCAUAGGACUUGGGACAUGGCAGAGUGGUGGGGAUCUUUGUGUUGAAGCUGUAAAAACGGCAUUGGCAGUUGGUUACCGUCACAUCGAUUGUGCACAUCUAUAUGGGAAUGAGGUUGAGGUAGGGGAAGCAUUAGGAGAAGCUUUCAAAGGUUCACUUGAGAGGGAGGAUGUUUUUUUGACUUCUAAGCUGUACUGUACUAUGAAUUCACUUAAUAAAAUUGAAAAUUCAGUUAGAGUCUCCCUUAUGAACCUUGGGGUCUCAUAUUUGGAUCUUUAUCUGAUGCACUGGCCUGAGAGCUCGGCGUUUCGUGAUGCAACUGAUCCUCCUUCAAAGUCAGCAAGUGAACAUAGGCAAUUUUUGAAUCGAUUGAAGAAAGCAUGGAAAGCCAUGGAAGGUCUGGUUGACUUGGGUCUGGUUCGAGCCAUUGGGGUUAGCAAUUUCAGUGUUCAGCAAAUCAAAGAAUUGCUUAACUUUGGGAAAAUUGUUCCAGCAGUUAAUCAGGUGGAGUUGCACCCAUUUUGGAGGCAAGAUGAACUUGUAAAGUUCUGUCGGUUGAAAGGUAUUCAUGUAUCUGCUCACACACCUUUAGGAGUUCCAACGUACACUCCUGGACCAUCUGACAGUGGAUCUGGUGGGGAAGAUGAACCUGGAACGCCUCGCGUAUCAUUCAGGAGGUCAAGGUCUGUGCAUGGGCCUAUGUUGAAAUUGUCAGUUGUUGCAGAAAUAGCAGAUAGGCAUAAAAAGACUCCUGAGCAGGUCAUUCUGCGGUGGGGGCUUCAAAGAGGAACCAGCGUGUUGCCUUGCAGCCUGAAACCUGAGCGGAUAAGAAAGAACGUAGACAUUUUCAGUUGGUGUUUGUCUGAUGAUGAGUGGAAUCGGCUGAACGGGAUUGAGCCCCAGGUUUGUCUAUUCGGAAAUGGACUUCUGACUAAUCUUGCAGAGGGUGGCUUUGUCUCUGGGGGUGGAGGAGGUCCCCUUCAGGCCGUGCGAGAGUUGGAAGAUGAUGUGGAAUCCAAUGCUUGAUGUUUCAUAAUUGUAGCACAAUAUAAUAUAAAUUCUUUGAGAUGUUAUUCUGCUGAUUUAAAAUGUGUUGGUGUUAUGUCAUGUCAUAAUCCCAUUGUUUGUGUAAAUUUUUCUGUAUUAUGGAUCCUGAAUUACUAUAAAGUCGAACGGUAUAUUAUUAAUAAAGUUGAUCUGCUUCCCUUCCCA